AUGCCUGGGACGCACGACUCGCUGGCGCUGCACGGCGGCCUCGUCUGGCAGUGCCAGUCGAUGCCGCUGGCCGCCCAGCUGGCGGCGGGCGUCAGGGCGCUGGACGUGCGCUGUCGCCACUUGUCCGGCGGCCGCUUCGCCAUCUACCACUCCUUCAACUACCAGCAGAUUGACUUUGACGGGGUGCUGGCCAUUGUGGCCGAGUUUCUGGCGGAGAACCCCAGCGAGACGGUGCUGAUGCGCGUCAAGAAGGAGUGGAUCAGCGAUCCCUCUUUUGGUGGGCCCUCAUUUGAGGAGACCUUUCUUCGCUACAGGCAGAUGUUCAACGGCCUCUUCUACCAAAGUUCUGAAGGUGGUGGGCACAAUGGAAUGGAAAGCUUCAAGGCGUUGACGCUGGGAGAGGUGCGCGGAAAAGUGGUCGUUCUGCAGGACUUUGAGACCUCGGAGUGUGAUGGAAAGGACGUGGGCUUGCAGGUGGGAAACGGCGGAGAUGAAAAGUUGACCCCUACUCACGUGCGUCACCACAAGGUCUACGGGCCGCUGUGGUCUGAGGCGGUCAUUCAGGAUCAGUUCGCCAUUUACACCAUCUGGUCGAUGUACUACAACAAGUGGGUGCCCAUAAAGGAGCACCUUCAGGUGGCCAAUGACAGCCUGAUCAAUUCUACAGCUCCCAAUGGGCCAAGUCCUCCGUUCUACAUCAACUUCCUCUCCGCCUCGGUGGGCGUCAUGCCGUACUUUGCCGCCUCGGGCAACGUCGCCUGGGGCACCGACGGCGAGCGGCA